AUGGGCUUUUACCAACUCCUGAUGAAAAAGAAGGAACUUAUUCCUUUGGUGUUUUUCAUGGCCGUGGCAGCUACUGGAGCUUCAUCGUUUGCUGUGUAUUCCCUUCGAAAAACCGAUGUGAUCCUUGAUCGAAAAAGAAAUCCAGAACCUUGGGAAACUGUGGAUCCUACUGUACCUACAAAGCUUGUAACAAUCAACCAAGAGUGGAAGCCCAUUGAAGAGUUGCAGAAGGUCCGAAGGGCAACCAGGUGA